CACAUUACGCAUGAGCUAUAGCGACGUCUGAAAAGAAUAAUUCUUCUUUUCUUUUCAUUUUUAAUGUAUACAUAUAAUGUGGUAUAAAUUACUUCUCUAGGAGUACACAAAAGAACUUCACAAUGGCAUGGGAGGGGAGAGAUAGAGUUGAUUGAAACUGAUAGAUAUCAUUAUUAUCAGCUUCAUGGCAGAAUUAGUGUUGUCCUUUGCUGCCCAACACAUCAAUGAGGACUCCGAUGCUUUAAUUAUAAGUGUGGGAUCUGAAGCGCGAGCCCUAAGCAAUGAUCUCGUGUUAUUAGAGAAGUCUCUUGUUGAUGCCGGAAGAACCAGACAAGGUAUGGCCAACAACGAGCAAGUUCAAGCCUGGUUCAUAGAGCUGAGAAAGAUAGCUUAUGAAGCAGAGGAUUUGGUCGAUAGCUUAAUCUCCAGCACAGAUUGCACGGCAUUCAGUAACCUGAGACAUCUAAAACGUGCUCGCCAGGCCUCAAAGAAGCUCAGGGGAUUCAGAGAACGAGUUAAAGAGAUCAAGUCCACUCUGAAUAAAGAAGGUUCGUCUAAGAAGAAUCUGAGGGUGGGUCUAGUAAGUGGUGCGCUGUCCUUGUUCCAGCAGGCCCAUCAAGAUCUCCGAGCUGAUGAUGGUUUUGUCGUGGGCAUCGAAGCUGAUGUGGAUAGGCUGGUGAAGAUGUUACUCAGUAAUUCCCAAGACGGCAUUGCGAUUGUAGGAAUGGGUGGCUCUGGCAAAACUACAUUAGCUAAAAACCUAUACAACCAUCGAGAGGUCAAUACUCACUUCAAAUACAAAGCAUGGGUCUCGCUCUCUCAAAACUGGGAUGCCUCUCAUGAGGUACUACUGCUGUCCAAAAUAAUAGAACAAAUUAUCACAGGCAGUAGUAGUAGUAGCAGUAGCAGUAGUAUUGGUGCCAAUAAGCUCCACCGCUUUGAUUCCUUACCUUCAUUUCAUGAUCAAGGUGAUGGGGAUGACGGUGAUGGUCCGUCGUCUAGGGUUCUGAAAAAGAAGAAGUUGCAACUCCAAAAUUUGUUGACGACGGAAUCAUGUUUAGUGGUUUUGGAUGAUGUAUGGGAUUGGAAGCCGUUCCAGAAGAUGCUUAAUGAAUUACUCCAAGAACCUUCAACAUCAUCUUCGGAUGUAUUCAGACAAUCCAAGAUAGUAUUCACUAGUCGACGCCUUCCAUCACCAGCAGACACCCAUUUGAAUUGGGCUAUCCAUGAGACUAAGUCUCUUAAUGAAAAGGAUAGCUGGAAAUUAUUCAAAAAAAUGUCCAGAAACGAUACUGGUAAAAAAUUAGAUAGGGAAUACCGGGGUUUGGCUAUGGAGAUGUUGAGAAAGUGCAAAGGCUUGCCAUUAGCAAUCGUGGCGUUAGGCAGGCUGCUUAAGAGAAAGGACUCCAUUGAGGAAUGGGAAAGGGUGUUCUCUCAGUUAAAAGGCGAUGAAGGUUCUCAUUUGUAUGAGCCAAUAAACGAUAUUUUGGCCCUAAGUUAUAACGAACUGCCACAUUACUUGAAGCCUUGCUUUCUUUACAUGGGACUACUAGCAGAAGAUUCCACCAUUCCGGCUGGAAUGCUGAAGAGGAUGUGGAUUGCAGAAGGGUUCGUAAAAGGCCAACGACAAGAAGGGGAAACUUCUGAAGAUACAGCAAGACGGCUCCUACAGGAGCUUGUUAACCAUACAAUGGUUCAAGUUGUGAGCAAGACUUACACUGGCAAAGUCAAUACAAUCCGGCUUCAUGAUAUGAUGAGAGAUAUUUGUAUCAACAUAGCCCGGAAGCUAGACUUCUUAACCUUAUUUCCUUCCGAUUCUGAUCAAGUUCACUCACGCCGAGCUGCUAUCAAUCUCAGCAAGUGCUCCAGAGCUCUUCCGAAUAACACAAGCCUUAGAUCUCUGUUGCUAUCUCGAAAAUCAAGUACAGGCAAGCAACACGGUGGUAGAAUGAACAAUCAGCAGGGAAUUAUGGACCUAGCCUUAGUUUUUGAGAAGUUCAAAUUGCUAAGGGUCUUAGAUAUUAACGGGAUCAAAACCUAUGAUGGCACCAUGCCAAAAGAAUUAGGCAACUUGAUUCACUUGAGGUAUUUGGGAAUACGGUCCACAAACAUACAAGUACUCCCUAGGUCUAUUGGGAAAUUGCACAAAUUACUGACCUUCGAUUAUUGGGAUGUUACUAUUGAUAAUGAAAUAAGAUUGCCUAAUGUCUUUUGGAAAUUGAUGCGGCUUAGGCAUCUUUUCCUUCCAAAUGAAAUGAUGAGUAACACAAUGGCAGAUAUGAGGUUCGAUACUCUCCUAGACUUACAAACCUUGUGGGGUGUAAAAGGAGGAGAUUGGAUGCUCAAAGAAAUGGAUAAGUUGAGCGUCAAACUUACUAAGCUAUUCAUUCAAGGAAUAUCAAGUGCUCUACAAUUAAAGGCAGUAUUCGACAGCUCCAUGAUCGAGAAGUAUGAUAAUCUCCAUGCUUUGUGUUUAGAUUGGUAUGGUUUCUCGUUAGAAUCGGAGUCUCUACGAAAGUUGAGUUCGAAAAAAAAUCUUAAAAAGCUAAGGUUGAUGGGAAGAGCGCGAAAUAAACCACAACUACCCCUUAAGUUUCCCUCCAGUCUUUGGAAAUUAGAACUUUACUACACUCAUCUUGAGGAUUCAGAGACCCUGAAUGCUAUAGGGGAGUUGCCGAAUUUAAAGUUCUUAGGACUAUCCAAGGACUCAUUCACAGGGAGUCAAUGGACUAUUAGAAAGGAAAGCAAGUUUCGGUGUCUUGAGGAGCUGAAAUUGUCUUAUCUACCAAAAUUGAACGAAUGGUAUAUCGAAAGUGACACAAUGCCACAUCUCAAGAAGUUAUCAAUUAUCUCUUGUACCGGUUUAAAGCAAAUCCCAGAAGGGUUGAAGUCCAUAACAACCCUUGAAACCUUGAACAUUCGACAUAUGCCAACUAGCUUCAACAAUCGAUUCCGGGGUGAUGAAGGAAAAGACUUCCACAUUGUUCAGCACAUCCCUAACGUUUGGGUUAAGGAUUCAUGUACACAAUUGGUGUACUAAUCCAUUAUCAAGGAUUAAGAUACAAUUAUAUAAUUGGUUUCCGAGAAAAAGAGAAUACUGGAGCAUUAACUAUGAAAAGCAAUCAGGGUUUGAAGACCUCUAGAUCAGGAAGACAAGUGCAAUUAAAGUGGGAUAUCAUCAUGAUCCAUAAAUAUAGCUGUCAAAACCAUCAUUCCUUUGGGCUGUCACUUUCCUUAGUGAACUAAAGUAUAACUCUAUUACCUUCGUUUCAUAUUAUUUGCAACGAUUAAACACUUUGCACUCAUAGUUUAUAUCAAAUCGUAGCAAAUAAUAUGUAACGAAUGUAGUAAAUAGUUUGCCUUAGCCAGACAAAAUUGUUUUAAGUCAUCCAAAGUUCGUUUACAAAUCUUUCUUUUUCUAUUUUUUUUUCUCUUUUUUAAGCUCCCUCCGUUUCUCAAACAUCUUUCCAGAUUUUUGUUUAAAUCUACUCCUCAGAUUACUCCCUCUAUUUUAUUUUAUUUUAUUUUAUUUAUAUUCCUAUUUUCCAUUAGAAAUGUUCUUUAAUUUUUCAUCUUUACACAACUUUUUCCUCAUAUUUAAUUGUAAAAAAUUAAAAAAGAUUUGUUUUCCAUGUACAAUUCCCUUCUUUCUUUGAAUUACAUGGCUAGUGUUUUGUUAUUGAUUUUUAAUUGAACUAUCUUUUGUUAAACAUGAUUUUUAUUUACUAAAACUGUAUUUUGGUAAAUUAGAUGUUCAGUAAUUAAAACUGGUUUUUGUUAAUAUUGAUUUCUACUUAAUAAAACUAUGGUGUUGUUUUAUUUUGUUUAAAAAUGCUUUUUAUUUUUUAAAUUUGUUUUUUCGCUUGUCAAAUUUCAGUUUUAACAUGGAUGGCCAAAAAUCUCUUCAGUUGCAUGAGUGGACAAAUAUAUCAGGUGUGGCAAGGUAUUGCAAAGCUUCAUAAGUCUACUCUCUAUUUUCUUCCAAACUUACACGAAGUAUGAUAUGUACAUAUAUUGCCAAACCCAUUUUGUACGUUAAGCCUUAUUGGAUUUUACAAAACUGAUUUAUAACCCCUCAGGAGUAAGGACGUCAAAAUCCGAUGAGGUCAAAAGGUGAAACUGCCAAAAAUUCUAUGAUAGACAUCUUUAAAAUGACUAUUUUUAUAUCAAUUUUUAAUUGGAUGAUUU